AUGGUGUUUCACUAUACUUCAGCUAGGAGCAGCUUCUCUAAAGCUAUCCGCCUGAAGAAUCCUCCCAUGCUCCCACGCUCUUCGCUCGGGACCCUGCCCGGUCGCGCGGAGAGCAUCUUCAGACCAGCUUCAAGACAAGUUAUGAGGAGGCUCUCAACCAUGGAGAAGCUAAAAAUGGCUGCACUGAUACGGAAGCGAAAUGACCCAUCUCCACGUACUCCCCACUUCACCAGGAAUUCCAACUUCGCCGACUGCGUUAAACUGGACCUGGACGAAGACGGCCAUCGUACAUGGGGGUACGUGAUGUACCGCUGCACGUACAAAAGCGACUCUGAUUGGAAUGAGUUUAUGAGACGCCUCCGUAUCCACACCGAGAAAACUAUGGAAUUUUACAAGGGUCUAGACAUGAUGGACUGUCUUGCCCUUACCGUCUUCGACGACCAAACCACCUUUGAUGGCGCAACCACCUCCUUUGUGCGUGAGCACUUCAAGAAAUGGGCUGCUACAGCGCCUCAGGAAGAGCAAGGCACCGGUCCGGGCAACGCCCAGCGCUACCGGUACUGUAUCCAGGUCACUGACGAGAGUUUGGAUUCCAUUAUUCGGAAAGCGCCGCCACCAGACGAGCAUACGAUCAACAAAGACGGAUUUGUCAACAUCAUCGAUGCGAGCUGGGAGCCUUAUUCGCAGUGGGACGGGGAUGAAAGGUUUGAAGACGACGAGGAGCCACUUGAAGGCUGUACUCUGCUGGAUGUGGGCUGGAUGAGAGUUUGUUAUGAUGGAGUCAUGACAGGUUCUUAUUAUUAUUUACGGAAUAGUAGCGCCUGGGAUCACGAAUAUCGUCGACCAUCAGAAAUCGUGCAGCAAUGA